AAGGAAUUUGGGGACCUGGGUCAGCUGGCUGGUAGUUCCUAGCCCCCCGGGGAAGUGUGAAGAUAUGGAUCGUGAGCCGAGCCAGGAAACUGCGCUGCUACGGCUGCUCUCCUUUCUGUGGCUGCUGCCCCUGUCCUGGACCGCCCCUGAAGCUCCUGCUCCAGGGUGGAGGGAUGACCUACAAAACCACACGUUCCUGCACACAAUGUACUGCCAGGACUGGAGCCCCAACGUGGGGCUCUCUGAGGCCUACGACGGGGACCAGCUUUUCUCCUUCGACUUUUCCCAGACCAUCCGAGUGCCUCGCUUGCCUGAAUUUGCUGACUGGGCUCACCAGCAUGGAGAUACUUCCAACAUUAUGUUUGACAAAGGUUUUUGCCGGACCAUGAUCGAGGAAAUUGGCCCACAACUUGAAGGGAAAAUCCCUGUGUCUAGAGGGUUCCCCAUCGUUCAGGUGUUCACACUGAAGCCCCUGGAGUUUGGCAAGCCCAACAUGCUGGUCUGUUUCAUCAGUAACCUCUUUCCACCCACACUGACCGUGGAGUGGCAGCAUCAGUCGGCGCCCGUGGAAGGAGUCGGGCCCACUUUUGUCUCGGCGGUUGAUGGACUCACCUUCCAGGCCUUUUCCUACUUAAACUUCACACCCGCACCCUCUGAUCUUUUUUCUUGCAUCGUGACACAUGAGAUCGAUGGCUACACAGCAAUCGCUUUUUGGGUGCCCCAGAACGCGCUGCCCUCUGAUCUUCUGGAGAAUGUGCUGUGCGGCGUGGCCUUGGGCCUGGGUGUGCUGGGCAUCACUGUUGGCGUGGUCCUCAUCAUCUACUCCCGGAAGCCGUGCUCAGGGGGCUGACUCUUCCUGACCAGAGUCUGAUACCAACAGCUGCAGCCAUGCAACCAGGAGGUGUUCAGGUUCUCACAUCCUGACCAGGAUCUCUCAUUCUCAGAGCAGGAGGCCCUGGGACUCCUCUGGGGUGUGUGUGUGUGUGUGUGUGUGUGUGUGUGUGUGUGUGUGUGUGU